AUGUAUCUUGAUGACGAAGAUGAUUCCUGGGUCGACGUUCAAAAGUUCUCAGAUACUAAUAGCAACGCUGCUGCUGAUGCUGCUAAUUCUGCCCGGCAAGGCGGCUCGCUGGAUGGCCUCCGACAGGCAACGAGAUACAACUUCACAAGCUUCCACUGGUUCGGUCUCAGGACAGCAAAUGCUCAAAUGAAGGCUGCUAUCUCCCCAAGAGACGUCAAUCGCUACGCACUGGAUCAUGCAACAAGCAUGAAAGUCGAAGCAAGCCUCGCAGGCGAAGAUGCCGAAGUCAACGCUCCACUACCGGUCCGAAACGCUGGCUCAGCGGAAGAAAACGAACCAGAACAGUAUUCAGCCUCAAUGACCCAAGCCCUUCAUACUGUCUUCCACAAUAGCACAGUCUUGCCUUGUGAUUGCGAGCGCGAAGGCGGGCAAUUCCGUUUACUCGAUACGCAUGUUUGUGCGUUGCGAUUAGAUGGAAAGUUGGGGGUAUCUGGCGACAGUAGCCACUGCUUUUUUGAAUCGGUUGUUGCAGUUGACGAAAAUUAUCAAUGGAGACACAUACAGUUCCAGAUACCGAGGUAUGGCCGUUCGGAUAUCGACUAUUGA